AUGUUUGGUUUACUGCAAAAGAGUCGGAGUUUGUAUAGACUGUCGGCACCCGUUGUCCAUCGGAGUCAAUGGUUAAGCUCUUCGGCGGCCAAUGACGUGUCGGCGAAGUUCGCGAGGGCUCAGGAGGAGCUCAAGAAGUUGAAGUCCGAGCCCUCCAACGACGUGAAGCUGCGAUUGUAUGGUCUCUUCAAGCAGUCGACGUCCGGAGAGUGCAAGACAUCCAAACCGUCGGCCAUUAAGUUCGUAGAGGCGGCCAAAUGGCAGGCGUGGAGUCAAUUGGGAUCCAUGUCUUCGGCCGAUGCCAUGGCUCAGUACGCUGAGACUGUCCACCUGUUGCUGAAGGAGGCGGGUGUCGACUCGGCCUCUGGAGGGUCGGCCGCCACCGAUGCUGACGCCUCUGCCGCUGAUAAUGACAUACUCGUGGAGAACAGGAGUGGUGUUUGUGUGAUAACUCUGAACAGACCGAAGAAGUAUAACGCCAUCACUGAUGCCAUUACACUCAUCGCUAAGUAA